AUGGCCCCCAGCACUUAUGCUUAUCGAGCCGAAAUUGCGAAGUCUCGUGUUAUACAUAAGGGAACAAAGGUUCAAGAUCGAGUCCAACUUCGAUAUCCAAGUGGCAGUACCAGCAAAGCUGUCUUUGCUGGAGGUAGUGGCACCUCCUCGAAAACCCCUGACGUCAAACCUUGCCCUUCUCCUGAAAAGAAGCGAGCGAGUCCUUCCGAGGACGAUGAAGAUGACACCCCCUUAGCCUUCUACAAUCGGGAAUUGAAGAAGGUUAAGGUGGCCAAAGUCGAAACCGAUCCCAACUUUUGGGUACCCGAUCCAUCCGAAGAUGACAUCGUGCUCUCUUCUGAGCUUGAGAUGUUGGAAAAGCACGAAUACGAGCUUGACAAGUUCCUCAUGGAAUGUGGCUUGUCUACCCGCCCCAUCCGUAAAAUCAUGAAAAAGGCCAAAAUCCAAACGUGGUCUGAUCUGGUUCCCUGCUCCCAAAUGACUGAAUCUACCUUGACCACCCUUGGUAUCAAGCAAGAUGAUGCGGCCAUCAUCUUGGCUAAAGCUCAAGAAUGGAACGAAGAAGCCCUCAAUUCAAUUGAUUAUACGUCCACUUCACUAAGCCAAUUAUCUCAAAUACUCGAUGUGAAGGUUUAG